AUGAGAAAGAAGGUUUUGUUAAUGGGUAAAUCUGGUUCAGGCAAAACAAGUAUGAGGAGUAUCAUCUUUGCAAACUUUAUUGCUCGAGACACUCGCAGGCUCGGCCCUACAAUGGACGUAGAACACACCCAUUUAAGACUGUUAGGUGGAUUGGUUCUAAAUUUGUGGGAUUGUGGAGGUCAAGAUGGAUUUAUGGAAAGUUACUUCGUUAAUCAAAGAGAAACAAUAUUCAGAAAUGUCGAGGUCCUAAUCUAUGUUUUUGAUAUUGAAAGCAGAGAAAUUUCAAAAGAUUUGGCUUAUUACCGUUCCUGCUUAGAUGCUGUAAAUCAAAAUUCUCCUGGCGCAAAAAUCUUUUGUCUCAUUCAUAAGACAGAUCUAGUUAGUGAAGAAAAAAAAGAUGAAAUAUUCCAAGUCAGGAAGCAGAACAUCGAAGCGGUUACUAAGCCAUUCACUUGUUCGUGCUUUGCUACAUCUAUAUGGGAUGAAACAUUAUUUAAGGCUUGGUCUAAGAUUGUUUACGAACUUAUUCCAAAUAUCAAAAUGUUGGAGGGUAGUUUAAAGCAACUUUGUGAGGUACUAGAAGCUGACGAAGUAAUUCUAUUCGAAAGAGCAACCUUUUUGGAAAUCGCUUGUCACUCUAGGAUCCCACAUUCUGAUGUGCAUAGGUUCGAAAAAAUAAGCAACAUCGUAAAACAAUUCAAAUUGUCAUGUAGUAAAGUUGGAGCAAAUUUCACGAAGAUUGAACUGCGCAAUCAGUACUUUGCUGCUUUUAUUGAUGUAUUCACAUCUAAUACAUAUAUUAUGGUGGUAUGUUCUGAUCUAUCCAUUGCGUCCUCUGCAACUUUACUGAAUAUUCGCAAUGCACGUAAGCACUUCGAGUAUUUGGAAAAAAUCGAACAACCACACUCGGCGAUUGCUCGUUGUGGCUAG